AUUAAUUCUUUGGUCUUCUUCUCUUUCUCCUCAAGUCUCCUCUAGUACUUCCAAGUUCUUUGAAGAACUACCCAUUUGCUUCCUCUCUCUCUCUUGAUCUGUUGAUCUCAAUGGAUUCAAGGUUUUCAAAGGAAGAUGGGGGAACAACACCACUAGCUCCUAAUCCAAAGAAAAGAAAUGCUUGGGUUAUAUGCUUAUCUGUGUUCCUUGGAUCUUUUCUUUUUGUGUUUCUUCUCCUUCUAAUUCUUGGCCUUACUGUGUUCAAAGCCAAAGAUCCAACAACUACAGUUAAUUCAGUUACUGUAAAGCAUCUUGAAUCCAAAAUAGAUCGACCUCCAUCAACAAAAGUCUAUUUGAAUGUAACCCUUAAACUAGAUAUGUCAGUUCAUAAUCCAAACAAGGCAAGCUUCAAGUACAGAGAUACUAUGGCUAUUAUUGAUUAUAAUGGUGGAGUUGUAGGUGAAGCAGCGAUUCCAGCAGGGAAGAUUCCUUCCGACGGUACCACCGGGAUUAAUUCGACGAUUACUCUGAUGGCUGAUCGGUUACUAUCUGAUUCCAAGUUUUAUAAAGAUAUGAUCUCUGAUAGACUGCCUCUUACUGUUUCUACAACAAUUGCUGGGAAGGUAAAGGUUCUUAUUAUUAAGAAAAGUGUAGUUGCUUACACUACUUGCAACAUGACACUCUUUAUUAGUAAUCAAACUGUGGCUGAUUCGGAGUGCAGAUCCAAGGUCAGUUUAUAAACUGUUUGGCCUUGGGAUUUAUUGGUUUAUUUCCAGUUGUUGCCUUCUGGUUAUUCUGUAUAUGCAGAUUUUUUUUUUCUUUUUCUUUUUUUUGAAUUUUUUUUUGGGGGGUUAUUAGAAAAUAAUAUUGGGAUUGUUGUAACAAAAAAGUUCCAUAUUUUGUAAUAAUUGAGAGAGGGAUGGAUGGACACUAGCGUUGUGUAGUGGAACCUUACGUAUAAGCAUUUUUUUGAUCGUUGGAUCCCAUCUCUCCAUCUAAGUCAGC